CAAAGAGUUAAUGCAUGGCUAUACCAAAACUCCAAUGCCAUGUCUCUGUUUCCAUAGCUCUUUCUCCUUAUCUUCAUCUCAUCUCUUACAUGAACAGUUGAGGGGAAUGUUGUCUGGUUCGAAGCCAUUCAUACCAGGUUCAGACAACUUGUAAGAAUGAUUUCGGACCAGGCUUCAUUCCCCCCAACAUGGGGUUCUUGCCUCAACAGAUACAUAUAUCCAAGCAUGUAUAUAUAUAUUCUUUUGUUUCAGCAACUAUUAUGAUGCAAGGAAGCUGAAGAGUAUGUAUGAAUCAUGAUAUGUUGAACUCAAAAACCCCGGAGGGGAGAGGAUCAGAGGUGGGAAAUUAAGUUUGCAAAAAAUAAUUGAGGAAUUAGGUUUGCGUAUGGUGAAACUUCCAGCUGUGUCAUGUGUGUGGUGUGGAACAAAGAAACAGAAUAAAGAAAAAAUUGAAACUUUGGCUAUCCAUGGUUUUACCCCUUUUUCUUGAGAAAUCAUCAUAACAUCUUGGUUUUCCAUGAAAAUCAAUGUCUUCUUAGUGGGUCAAAUGUUACCUCUUUGUGGGUCAAAUCUUAAUGGAAACAUCCACAAUUGCUUCCAUGACCAUGUGAACGUCCAUAAUUCAAGAUGGGUCAACUCUGCCUGGUGAUUGUCCUAUGUUGAACAAAGAGCAGCUCCAUGGCUGCUUGAAAUUGGGAGCCCUCAAAAUGAUUGACAAGGGUUUAAAGUGCAUCAAGCUAAACAGCAAAGUAAUUGAAGUCGUACAGAACUGGGGAGAUGGGAUGAAGAAAGUAUCAAUGUUAGUUAAUUUGCAUACUAAAUAAUGUUGAAAAAUAAGGUUGAAAAACAUGAUACUUUUUCCGUAGGGAUUUGAUAGCACUUCAGGAUGGAGAUUGAAAAUCAGAGAUCAGAAAAAGGAGAAAAAAGGGGAAGGUGAGCCACCAUGGGGGCCUUGUCUGCUUACAUGUUUCCCAUGUUCUGCUAUAACUUUUCCUUAUGCAUCAAAUAGUAAGCUAACCCCUAAGUCCUCCCUUAGAACUAGAGAGUCUGGUAAAACCUUUGAAAGUAAAAAUCGGCAUACCCACUUGUUGCAGAUUGCAAAAGUUUAUACAGUGCAUUUAAAGUGCAAAGAUUUAUCUUAGGGUUUGAUUUCUAGUGCUAUCAUAUAUAGAUGGCCUACUUUUAAAACCCCAUACAUGAGAAGUUAAUCGGAUACGAACAAAAUUUAUCAUGUAUGUGUUUAAUUUCUACUUCUAUUGUAGAUGGCUUGCUUCAAAAACAACAAACAUGAAGUUAAUCU